UUUGGAGUUACUCGCGUCACCUCAACUGUAUGCCUGCUUGAAGGUGGUUUAAAAAGAGGGGCACAGCAGCACAAGGAGUCUGCAUGUCUGGUUAGACAUGCUCAGCUUUGUGGAUACCCGGAUUCUGUUGCUGCUUGCAGUAACUUCAUACCUAGCAACAUGUCAAUCUGACUGGGUUUUUUUUUUCCUGCCGCAGGGCCCCCGAGGAGACAAAGGACCUCGAGGUGACAGGGGUCCCCAGGGACCUGAUGGAAAAGAUGGCUUACCCGGACUCCCCGGCCCACAAGGCCCCCCUGGACCCCCUGGACUCGGAGGAAACUUUGCUGCUCAGUAUGCCAAGGCUCCCGAUCCCGGUCCCGGACCCAUGGGUAUGAUGGGAAACAGAGGCCCACCCGGACCUCCUGGACCCUCUGGACCUCAGGGUAACACCGGACACCCCGGUGAGCCUGGCGAGCCUGGACAGACUGGUGCCGUUGGUCCCCGUGGCCCCCCUGGACCUCCUGGCAAAGCUGGAGAGGACGGUAACAAUGGUAGACCUGGCAAGCCCGGAGACAGAGGUGCCCCCGGCGCUCAGGGUGCUCGUGGAUUCCCCGGAACCCCUGGACUCCCCGGAAUGAAGGGACACAGAGGUUACAAUGGCUUGGAUGGACGCAAGGGAGAGCCUGGUGCCGCUGGUAUCAAGGGUGAGGCUGGCGCACACGGAGCUGCUGGAAGACCAGGACUUGUUGGACCUCGCGGUCUGGCUGGUGAGAGGGGUCGUGCUGGCCCUGCUGGUCCCGUUGGCGCUCGUGGUGCUGAUGGCAACACUGGACCCGCUGGUGCUGCUGGACCCGCUGGUGCUGCUGGUGCCCCAGGUUUCCCUGGUGGCCCCGGACCCAAGGGAGAGGUUGGAGCCGUUGGUGCUACUGGUGCCUCUGGACCUCAGGGAGCUAGAGGAGAGCCCGGUCCCAAUGGUGCUGUUGGCCCCGCUGGUCCUGUUGGUAACCCUGGUGUUAAUGGUCUGAAUGGAGCUAAGGGAGCCACUGGCGCCGCUGGUGUUGCUGGAGCUCCUGGAUUCCCCGGACCCAGAGGAGGACCUGGACCCCAGGGACCUCAGGGUGCUGCUGGUCCCAGAGGCUUGGCUGGAGAUCCCGGUGUUCAGGGAGUGAAGGGAGAUGCUGGCGCCAAGGGAGAGCCUGGUAACGCUGGACCUCAGGGAGCCCCCGGACCUCAGGGUGAGGAGGGCAAACGCGGACCUACUGGCGAGAUUGGUGCCACCGGCCCCAUCGGUAGCCGUGGAUCUAGAGGCGCUCCCGGUAGCCGUGGAAUGCCCGGUACCGAGGGAAGAGUUGGCCCUAUUGGCAUGCCUGGUGCUCGUGGAGCCACUGGCUCUGCUGGAGCUCGUGGAGCCCCUGGAGAUGCUGGCCGUGCUGGUGAGCCUGGUGCUGUUGGUCUCAGGGGUCUCCCCGGAAGCCCUGGAAGCUCUGGACCCCCAGGAAAGGAGGGACCUUCUGGUCCUGCUGGACAAGACGGUCGCACCGGUCCUCCCGGCCCAACUGGACCUAGAGGCCAGCCUGGAAACAUUGGAUUCCCAGGACCCAAGGGAGCCGCUGGUGACCUUGGCAAACCCGGAGACAAGGGAGCUACUGGAGCCACUGGUCUGAGAGGACCUCCUGGCCCUGAUGGCAACAAUGGCGCAACUGGCCCCAUGGGCGUUUCUGGUGCUCCUGGUGAGAAGGGAGAGCAAGGACCCGCUGGAGCUCCUGGUUUCCAGGGUCUGCCUGGUCCCGCUGGUUCCGCUGGAGAGGCUGGCAAACCCGGAGACAGAGGUAUCCCAGGAGACCAGGGAGCUUCUGGACCUGCUGGUGCCAAGGGUGAGCGUGGUCUGCCUGGUGCUGCUGGAGCUGCUGGACUUCAGGGACCUAUGGGACCCCGUGGAGCUUCUGGAGCCCCUGGUGCUGAUGGUGCCAAGGGAGAGCCUGGUGUUGUUGGCGUUGUUGGUGCUCCUGGCCACCAAGGUGCUGGCGGCAUGCCCGGAGAGCGUGGAGCUGCCGGUCCCGCUGGAGUCAAGGGAGAGAAGGGCGAGGUUGGACACAAAGGACCUGAUGGCAACGCCGGAAGAGAUGGUGCCCGUGGUGCCCCCGGAAUCACCGGACCCCCUGGACCAAUUGGAGCCAAUGGUGACAAGGGUGAGAGCGGUUCUUUCGGACCUGCUGGACCUCCCGGAGUCCGUGGUGCCCCUGGCGAGCGUGGAGAGGUUGGACCCGCUGGAGCCCCUGGAUUCGCUGGACCCCCUGGCGCUAACGGACAGCCCGGAGCUAGAGGAGAGCGCGGACCUGCUGGUGGAAAGGGAGAUGUUGGCCCCGCUGGCCCUGCUGGACCUGCCGGACAAGCUGGACCUGCUGGUCCUGCUGGCCCUGCUGGACCUACCGGUCCCCGUGGAGACAAUGGCCCUCAGGGUCUGACUGGUUUCCCUGGAGCUGCUGGCAGAGUUGGUCCUGCUGGAGCUGCUGGUAUUGUUGGACCUGCUGGUCCUGCUGGUCCCGCUGGUAGAGAUGGUCCCCGUGGUGCCCGUGGAGACUCUGGUCCUGCUGGUCCCAGUGGAGAGCAGGGUAUGGUUGGACCUCCUGGUCCCCCUGGAGACAAAGGACCUUCUGGAGAGUCCGGACCUGCUGGUGCUCCUGGUGCUUCUGGACCUUCUGGACUUAUCGGUCCUCAGGGACUUAUUGGUAUUCCUGGAGCUAGAGGUGAUCGUGGUAGCCCUGGUGGUCCUGGUGCUGUCGGAGAGGCCGGUAGACUUGGACCUGCUGGUCCCGCUGGUCCCCGUGGCCCCUCUGGCAACAUUGGCAUGCCUGGUAUGACCGGACCUCAGGGAGAGGCUGGACGUGAGGGUAACACUGGUAACGAUGGACCUCCUGGCCGUCCCGGUGCUCCUGGAGUCAAGGGAGACCGUGGUGACCCCGGCCCCGCUGGUGCCCUUGGACUCGCUGGUGCUCCCGGACCUGCUGGACCCAGCGGAGCCGUCGGAAGACCUGGAAACCGUGGAGACUCUGGAUUCACAGGACCCGCUGGACCUGCUGGAGCUGCUGGAGCUCGUGGUGCCGCUGGACCCGCUGGAGUCCGUGGCGAGAAGGGAGGCGCUGGAGAUAGAGGAGAUAGAGGAAUGAAAGGUUUCCGUGGACAUCCUGGUCUCCAGGGAAUGCCCGGACCUGCUGGUGCUCCCGGUGACACCGGACCCGCUGGUGCUCAUGGACCUGCUGGACCUAGAGGUCCCGCCGGACCCCACGGACCCCCUGGCAAGGAUGGUAGAGCUGGUGCCCAUGGUACUAUUGGUGCUGCUGGUGCUCGUGGAGCUCCAGGACACAUUGGACCUGUUGGCCCCCCUGGACCUCCCGGUCUGCCCGGACCUCCUGGUGCUGCCGGCGGUGGCUACGAUCUGUCUGGAUACGAUGAGUACAGAGCUGACCAGCCCGCCAUGAGAGCCAAGGAUUACGAGGUGGACGCCACCAUCAAGUCCCUCAACACUCAGAUCGAGAACCUGCUCACCCCCGAGGGAUCCAGGAAGAACCCCGCCCGCACUUGCCGUGACAUCAAGCUGGGACACCCCGAUUGGACCAGCGGAUUCUACUGGAUCGACCCCAACCAGGGUUGCAUCAACGACGCCAUCAAGGUCUUCUGCGACUUCGCCACCCGCGAGACUUGCAUCCACGCUCACCCCGAGAGCAUCGCCAAGAAGAACUGGUUCAGAAGCACAGAGAACAAGAAGCACGUGUGGUUCGGAGAGACCAUCAACGGUGGAACCGAGUUCACCUACAACGACGAGACCAUCAGCUCCCAGAGCAUGGCUACCCAACUGGCUUUCAUGCGCCUGCUGUCCAACCAGGCUAGCCAGAACAUCACCUAUCACUGCAAGAACAGCGUUGCCUACAUGGACGAUGAGAGCGGCAGCUUGAAGAAGGCUGUGGUGCUCGGCGGCUCCAACGAUGUGGAGCUGAGGGCCGAGGGCAACAGCCGUUUCACCUUCUCUGUCGUGGAGGACGGUUGCACUAGACACACUGGUGAGUGGAGCAAGACAGUGAUUGAGUACAGAACAAAUAAACCAUCUCGCCUGCCCAUCCUCGACAUUGCACCUAUGGACAUUGGUGGAGCUGAUCAGGAGUUUGGUUUGGACAUUGGCCCAGUCUGUUUCAAAUAAAUAGACUCAUGAUAAAUUAACACCCCAAAAGAGAGAAAGAACGAAAGAAAAAC